AUGACGAAAGUGGUAAAUUACAAAGUAAAUGGAUCUGGAAGAGAUACAUAUAUCAAUUAUGGAAAUGGUGGAUUUUAUAAAGCAGACUCAUUACAUACAGAUGAGUCCUUUUACCAAUUGUCAAAGCAAAAUUCGUUGCCAAUUAUUAAUAGCAAAUUUAAUCUUUAUCAUACAGAUGGGACAGGUCGAGAUUCAUACAUCAGCGAAUCCCAGGGAGGUUUCUACAGUUUUCAGCCAAGGAUAAAUUUCUUAGGAAGAUUAAGGCACUAUGACCCAUCUCCUGAAGCACUUAGAGAGAAUGAUUUUUUAAGAAGAAGCUAAUUGGUGAAACCAGCAAAAGAGCAGGAGCGUUAGCUUAGAUAGAGCACAAUAGUGGAACAAGUAACCUAGAGACUGCAAUUACCGAAAAUCAAAAGGGAGUGA